CCUGGCCAGCUGUUGGAGGGGAAAGAAAGAAAGCGCAGAGCGGAGUUCGAAAAGAGCGACAGACGGUUAAUUAAUAUCACUUGGAAUCUGAAAUCGGACGAGAAGCAGACUCCGCAGAAUAGGAAAAGAUGUCGAAGUUUCUGGGCGUGCCGCUGAAGAAGCCGUCGGAGGUGGACGUGAUCAAGCCGCUGAAUAAUCUCAUCCAGAGCACCUACAACGGUGCGUCGGAGGAGGAGAAGGGCAAGUACGCAGAGGCCGUCAACGAAUUUUCGAAACAACGCAAUACGGCGAUUUGGAAAUUCUUCGAAAAGUACGAGGCUUCGCUGGAGAUUGUGUACGCCUAUUAUGACCAGAUAUGCGCACUGGAGACAAAGAUAUCAGUUAGCGAACUGCAGAUACCCUUCAAGUGGAAGGACGCCUUCGACAAGGGCUCCAUUUUCGGCAACAAGAUCAGCCUGACUCACACCUCAUUGCUCUAUGAGAAGGUAUGCGUGCUCUUCAACAUUGCCGCCCUGCAGAGCAGCAUCGCUGCCAACCAGCCGCUGGAUUCGGAUGAUGGCCUUAAACUGACCAUCAAACUGCUCCAGCAGAGCGCCGGCAUCUUUCAGUACUUGAAGGGGGCCACGCCGGCUGCAGUGCCCUCGGAACCCACGCCCGAUCUCAGCCAGGAUUCGCUGACCGUGCUGCAGGCUCUGAUGGUCGCCCAGGCGCAGGAGGUUUUCAUUUUGAAGGCAAUUAAGGAUAACAUGAAGGACCAGAUCAUCGCCAAGCUUUGCUGCCAGGCGGAGGAGUCCUACGCCGAUGUGCUGCGCGCCAUGCAAAAGGAGUCUGUGCGCAGCCUGUGGGAGAAGGAGUGGAUACCUACGAUUGCUGGAAAGCAGGCUGGCUUCCAUGCCCUCACCCAGCUGUACCAGAGUUUGGUGUGCCGUGCCGCCAAGAAGAUUGGAGAGGAAAUUGCUCGUUUGCGCAACGCCAUUGAUCUUUUCAAGGCAGCUCAGACGCGUGGCGGAAAUGAGACCUACUUGGAUGAAUACUUUAGCCGCGCCAAGCGCAACUUGGCCGAGUCCACCAAGGACAACGAGUUCAUCUACAACGAGAUCAUACCAGAUCUGAGCACCUUGACCCCUCCUGGAAAGGCCCAGUUGGCCAAGCCACUGGCCAUCGCUGUCCCCAUGGCUGCCAACUUUAAGGAUAUAUUCAGCAGUCUAGUGCCCGUGGAACUCCAUCGCGCACUCACCGCAUCCGAUAUGCGGCGCAAUGAGAUCGUCAACGUGGAGAUCAUGAAGCUGCGUGAAGCCACCCAAACUCUGAACGCCGUUUUGGCCAGCUUGAAUCUUCCAGCGGCCGUGGAGACAGCUGAUGGCAACAGUGGGCUUCCACCGUCGCUAAAGGAAAAGGCCAACGAAGUUCGCCAGAAGGGCGGCAUUGAAAAUGUUCAGACGCUGCUUAAGGAUCUUCCCGAGUUACUAAACCGCAACCGCGAGAUCCUCGACGAAACAGAGCGUCUUUUGGACGAAGAACGCGACUCUGAUAACCAGUUGCGUGCGCAGUUUAAGGAGCGCUGGACUCGCAUCAGCUCCGAUAAGCUAACGGAGAUGUUCCGCACCAAUGCGAAGAAGUAUCGCGAAGUCAUCACCAAUGCCAUUGAAGCCGACAAGGUGGUUCGCCAGAAGUUUGAGGCCAACCAGAAGGGCAUCCAACUCUUGUCCUUGCCACCCGAUCAAAUCCAACAGUCUCUGCCCUCGGCCAGUGGCAGUGUGGAUCCCAACUGCUCCAGCGUGCAGCGUCUCAAGAAGCUGAUGGACGACGUGGAGACCAUUAAGGCGGAGCGUGAGGCCAUUGAGUCCGAGCUUAAGGGGGCCACGUUCAAUAUGAAGGACGAGUUUUUGAUUGCCCUGCAGAAGGAUGGUGCUAUUGACGAGCCCGCCCUAUCGUUGGCUCGCAUUGGCCAAGUACUCAAUCCUCUACAGCAGCAGGUGCGCGAGAGCGUGGAGCGCCAGCAGUCUUUGGUCAGCGACAUCCAGAGCGCUCAUGGUGCCUUUGUCUCUGAAACGGGCAGCUGCGGCAGCUCGCGGGAUACUUUAUACCAGGAGCUAGCAACCGCUUUUGAUAGCUACAUUGAACUUUCUGGAAAUCUACAGGAGGGCACCAAGUUCUACAACGACCUGACGCAGUUGCUGGUUGUAUUCCAGAACAAGAUCAGCGACUUUGUGUUCGCCCGCAAGACAGAGAAGGAGGAGCUGCUCAAGGAUUUGACCACAGAGUCCAGUCGCCAGGCUUGUCCGGCCACCCCGGCCCUGCCCUCGCACUAUGCAUCCACAUCGGGCAGUGGCAGCGAUAUUCCACCUGGUUCCGCACCCGGUGUGCCGCCUGUCGCAUCAACGGCCAACAUUCCGUAUCCGGCUCAAGUGCACGGCAUGCCCAUUCCAUAUGGAGCCCAACCAGGUGUGCCCUAUCCCGCCUAUGUGCCCGCUCCAAUGCCACAGAGCUUCAAUCCGUACGCCACCUUGCCGUAUCCUGGCAAUUAUCAGUACCAGGGAUUCCCGCAGGGACCCCAACCCGGCCACUACGGAACAUACCCAGGCAGUUAUGCCAACCAGCAGGGCGGAUAUCCGAACCAGAAGCCACCUGGCUGGUAAAUGGCACUGUAGCUAAGCAAGUUCAUGUCCACAUGUGCACAGUAUGUUCCGCCCAAGAGUCAAUCGCAUGGCAGAGCCUCAGAUGAGUCUGGAUGGUGGGCAGACAAGAUGGGUGGUAUUCGGCAUUUAAUGCUCCGUGUUCUGGUUCUGUUUGGAAUUUGUAUCAUACAUGUUGAUGGCUUAUUGGAUUUUAAUCUCAUAUAUGCAACCAUAUUAUCACGUAUCACAGUAAACGUUCUUACCCUAGA